UCCCCCCCACCACCACCCCCGGCCCCCACCUCGCCACUUUUGCGCGCCAUGCAAGCCGAGAGGCGCAAAGAUGUGCGCGGUGGCCGAGCGAACCGCCCAGGCUGUGCGUGAAGAGGACGCACGCGAUCUGCCAGGUAGUCGAAUCGUCAUUUAAAGGGGGGCCAAAAAAUGUGCAGUUUAUUACAUUAAGUGCCACCUCCGUCAGCAUCCUCAGAAGCGGCGAGGCGAGUGUGUCAUGCGUUGCAAGCUUUCAGGGAUCGCUCACAAGCAGAUCAGAAGCACCACCCGGGACUGCGCUCGCUUUGCCCACCAAAUCUGGAUUCAUUCCGUUUUCACUCCGUGUCAUAAUGGACAGGUUGCAUUCGUCCAUGCGUAAACGGCUCUACAGUUUGCCCCAGCACAUUGGACACAAACCGUCCAUCAUGGGCGAUGGAGAAGACGCAGACACGGACACGCGGAGGAAGAGCAUCCGGAUGAAGCCGUUGCCGUCGCCCACCUCCGGUGGAAGCUGCAGAGGUAUCGGGGAGACCAAGAGCGGCGAGUCGCUCAUCAUGGAGACCGACAUUGGGAGACCGAUGAAGACCAGCUCCAACGGAGACUGCCGGAGGUUCCGGGGUAGCCUCUCGUCCAUUACCAGCCGCCAUGUGCACGACUCCGACUCGACAGAGGAGAGGCGCCUCAUCACCGAGGGGGACGUCACCCCGAGCGAAGAGAGCCCGCCGGGAGCGAUCGGUGAGGGCGCCACGGAGCAAGGUGCGCAAGGGGCCGGCGGAGGUGGCGCUUCCACAGGCGGCGACGACGGCGCACCUCCGCGGGAGUCCCAACCAGACGACCCGACCGGCUUCAUAAAGUUGGAUGGAAUGGAUCAGAUCCUGCCUGACGAUGAGCGCUUGUACCAGGCCGGCUUCAUGCACCGACAGUUCGGAGCCAUGCUCCAGCCUGGGGUCAACAAGUUCUCCCUGAGGAUGUUUGGAAGCGAGAAAGCGGUGGAGCGGGAGCAGGAGCGGGUCAAAUCUGCCGGCUUUUGGAUUAUUCACCCCUACAGCGAUUUCAGGUUUUACUGGGACUUGACUAUGCUCCUCUUGAUGGUGGGCAACCUUAUCAUCAUCCCAGUAGGCAUCACCUUCUUCAAAGAUGAGCACACACCACCCUGGAUCGUCUUCAACGUGGUGUCCGACACCUUCUUCCUCUUGGACCUCGUGCUUAACUUCCGGACGGGCAUUGUCAAGGAGGACAACACGGAGAUAAUCCUGGACCCGCAACAGAUCAAGAUCAAGUAUCUUCGCAGCUGGUUCGUGGUCGACUUCAUCUCUUCCAUUCCAGUGGACUACAUUUUCCUCAUCGUGGAGACACGCAUUGACUCUGACUUCUACAAGACAGCACGCGCCUUGCGAAUUGUCCGCUUCACCAAGAUCCUGAGCUUGCUUCGACUCCUACGCCUCUCCAGACUGAUUCGGUACAUCCACCAAUGGGAAGAGAUCUUCCACAUGACCUACGACCUGGCCAGCGCCAUGGUAAGGAUCGUCAACCUUAUCGGCAUGAUGCUGCUCCUUUGCCACUGGGAUGGCUGCCUGCAGUUCUUGGUGCCGAUGCUGCAGGACUUCCCUGCUGAUUGCUGGGUGUCCAAAAAUAAAAUGGUGAACGACACGUGGGGACAGCAGUACUCCUACGCGCUGUUUAAAGCCAUGAGCCACAUGCUGUGCAUCGGCUACGGCAUGUACCCACCGGUGGGCAUGACCGACGUAUGGCUGACCAUCCUCAGUAUGAUUGUGGGCGCCACGUGCUACGCCAUGUUUGUGGGCCACGCCACUGCUCUCAUCCAGUCGCUGGACUCGUCACGGCGGCAAUACCAGGAGAAGUACAAGCAAGUGGAGCAGUACAUGUCCUUCCACAAGCUGCCAGCAGAUAUGAGGCAGAGGAUCCACGACUAUUACGAGCACCGCUACCAGGGCAAGAUGUUCGACGAGGAGAGCAUCUUAGGGGAGCUGAACGAGCCACUCCGAGAGGAAAUCAUCAACUUUAACUGUCGGAAACUGGUGGCCUCCAUGCCGCUGUUUGCUAACGCCGACCCUAAUUUUGUGACCUCCAUGCUCACCAAGCUCAAAUUUGAGGUGUUCCAGCCAGGGGACUACAUCAUCAGGGAAGGCACCAUUGGCAAAAAGAUGUAUUUCAUCCAGCACGGGGUGGUCAGCGUGCUCACCAAAGGCAGUAAAGAGACCAAGCUGUCGGACGGCUCUUACUUUGGCGAAAUUUGCUUGCUGACCCGCGGCAGACGGACAGCCAGCGUGCGAGCCGACACGUACUGUCGUCUGUACUCACUGUCGGUGGAUAACUUCAACGAGGUCCUAGAAGAAUAUCCUAUGAUGCGACGGGCCUUUGAGACGGUUGCCCUGGACAGACUGGACAGGAUUGGCAAGAAAAACUCCAUCCUGCAGCAUAAAGUGCAGCACGACCUCAGUUCGGGUGUCCUCAACUACCAGGAAAAUGAAAUCAUCCAACAAAUUGUUCAGCACGACAGGGACAUGGCCCAUUGUGCCCACCUUCUGCAGAACGCCCCUCCCCAGACGCCACCUUCUCCCACGCCUGUCAUCUGGGCCCCAUUAAUUCAGGCGCCUCUCCAGGCGGCGGCAGCCACCACCUCUGUGGCCAUCGCUCUCACACACCAUCCCCACCUCCCGCCGACUCUCUUCAGGCCUCCGGUUUCAAUGCUGGGGUCCCUGAAGGAUCCCCCCAGUCGGCAAAAGAAGUUCCACAUUUUUGGUCCAUCAUCACCAGCUCCUGGUUCUGCUGGGGAUUCUCCUGCUAGCACACCUUUGAAAAGACGUACCGGGGUGGACAUGUCCUUACUGACCUCUUUUCAGGCUCAGCAUGUGGCAUCAGGUUCAGAAACUACUAGCGUGAGUCAACAGGGUUCAGGUAGUCACCGUAGACUAAAUGAGACCAAGUCAGGGUUUAAUGGGAGCGGGUCCUCGGCACUUCCUCGCAGACCAUACACAUCGUCUUCUUCGCCAUCAUCAAGUCUGGCUCAGCUGCACUCACAACCACAACAUCAGCAGCCUUUUCGAUCCACCACCCCACCUUUGUCCAAUUUCUUCCACCAAGUAUCAACAGGAGAGAGCACAGGGUCGGGUUUAAGCGGAAGCGCAGUCGGUGCCUGUGGCGGUGCAACAGACUGGCCUUCGGGGGGAGCAGUAGGGGGGUCUUUGGAAGGGGCGACCGGAGGUGAUGGUGGAUGGGCCAGCGAGGACUUUAUGACUGCAGCAAUGGAAGUGGGCUCACUGAAACACUUUAGGUUGGGGGCAGCUUCUAGUGGAUUGGUGGGUGGUAUCUCAGGGGAAUCAUUGGUAGGGGUUUCUGAAGGAUCUGAGGGUGGUGCUUGUGGAAGAUCAGCAGCAGUGGUCUCUUGUGGUAUUGGCUGUGCAUCAGUAGCAGAUUCAGCCACAAAAUCUUUGGGAAGUGUCUCACUUGCAUCAACAGGAAGGGCUUCAGGAGAAUUACACAUAGGGAUGACCACUGGUGGUUCAUUCGGGAGGUCUUCUCAUGGUUCAUUGGAAGGGAACUCUGGAGAAUUAAUGCUGUCAACCACUACAGCAGGAUCAUUAGGAAUGGCUUCUGUUGAGUCAGUGGGAGAGACCUCUGGGGAGUUACUUGUCUCGACAACUGCUGGAGGAUCAUUGGGGAGGACAUCCCGAGGGUCAGUUGGUGUGCCUUCUGAAAAAUUACUUGUAGCAGUGACCAACAGUGGAUCGUUAGGGCGCCCCUCUAUUGGAUCAAAGAUUUCUGCAGGAUUGACUGGAGGAGUAACCGUGGGUCCCCUCAUCGGAGUUUGUAGUGAUUCUCCGAUAGCAAAUCCUGGAGGAGGAUCUCUGGGAAAGGCUUCCAGUGGAAAUACUGCUAGCUAUAUCGGGGUAGGUUCAAGUGUGCCAGGGGCAGGGGGGAUUGCAGCACAUAAAACCAGGUCAAUAGAGGGCACAGUAGGGGGCCAUACACCAAGUGGCCCUUCAGGGGGUACCUCUAGUGGUACUGCAGAAGGACUUACAUCUUCUUCACAUUGUCAGAGCCCAAUAUCUACUGGCUGUUCUAGCCCCAUGCCAGGACAGCUUCUUUACAGUCAUCCACACCCCAAGCCUCCUCAAGUGACCCCUUUGCAGCAAUUUACUGGAGGAGGCAGGACUACAAGUGGCCUGAACCUCUUCCACUCACCUCUGCAUGGCUCCCCAUCUUCAAGUAAAGGGAAAAAUGGUACACAUCCCACUGUGGGCUCACCAUCAUCCCUUGGGCAUUUUAGUCUGACAGGUCUUCAGUCUGGAAUCCUUCCACAUCAGAUUUCUUUGGAGAGGUCUGCCUUGGCUUCGCUCGCCCAAUAUGGCUCAGCCAACGCCUCCCCAUGCCUUACUCCGGUGGCACCAAGCCCAACUAUUCAAAGCCCUGUUCAAAGCAGGACUUUUCACUUCAACGACCCGCCCAGUUCCACAGGAUCCCACAGUUUUCUCCUCAUGCCUCAAUCCUCUCUACCUUCAAAUCCAUCAGUCCAUACACACACUGCAUCAAGAGAGUCUCAGUCUGGUCGCUUUUCUGAGGAUCUAAAGCUGUUAUCUAGCUCGCACCCAUCUCUUCGCCAGGAGGUUGCCCAGGCGUUAGGCCACCAAACUGUUGGUUCCGCGGUGGAAAUGGGUUAUUAUUCCUCACCCUUUUCUUCACCCACUCUAAAACCCAAAGCCUGUAGCUCAGUUUCCGGUCAUAUUACUCCUCCAAUCCACCAUUCUCCAGGCCACCCCCAACAGACUCAUUCACCCGGAGCCUCGCCGUCCCCGUCGCUCCGGAGGGGCUCUUCACCCUAUUCAUCAGAUCCAGAAACUCAAGCUGUCCGCUCAAAGCUUCCCUCCAAUUUGUGAGGAUUGAUCACACCCUCCUGUGCUACUCCGGAUUGUGAUAUACACACAAACUAUGUCACGUGUGGGAUUCCUUUAAAUUUCUUUUAUCAGAUUUCACUGUGUUCCGCCUUUCAUUUGACCUUGGAUUUGCUGUGAUUUAAUAGACACUUUACCACGUAACUGUUUAUGCUCUGUCCUCUUCUUAUUUAUACUUCAUGUACAUAGAUAGAGAUAUAUUUAAGUGAUACUUUAUUUAAGGAGGGUGUGAAAAUGAUCACUAUUUAAAGGACUGGCAUUUCUUCAAGGGAGAGGAGAGUGCAGUACACAAAUACUCAUUUUGUCAGCAGGCAUCUAUGCACUAAUACCUGCAUCAAAGGCUUUUUGUGUAUCUCAACUAAAGUAAUCUACAUUUUUGCUAAUACAAUAGGUCAUAUGGGAUCGCAUAUUGUUGAUUCUUAAAUGUAUAGACUGCUUACUUAUCAUGUCUAUCUGUGUAUAUCUUUUGAAACCUGAUGACAAAAAGAUUUUAGGAAACCAAAAAAGACUUCCAGUAAGGUGUAUCUCUCCCUCAACUUCUUAUUUUAUAUCACUUUAUUGUAAUAACAAUAACAAAUA